AUGGAUGGCACAAAGGCGUCUGGAAAUGACCUUUUACUUAGGUUUUUUGAAUCAGCGCACUUUAAUUCUCAUAAGCUUUGUGUUGCGUACCUUGCCAGAUAUCCAAAUAACAUAGGUAUUCAUCACUAUUUGUGCUCGAAAUUGAAAGAGUUUUCAGCGGCUGAAAUUGAGUUUUUUUUGCCACAAUUAUGUCAUUUGGCGGUGAAUACUAGCACUGAUUCGGUUGCUUUAGAGGUUUUUAUUCUAGAUCAGUGCAGAAGUUCGUCACAUAUUGCUUUAAUGGUUUUUUGGUUGUUUCAGGCACAUUUCGUAGAUCUUAUUAAGGAUCCUGAGUGUAGUUCGUUUAAAGCAUGUAAAAGAAUGUUUAAUAAGAUUCAACAUAUUGUUUUUGAUGAAAGAGGAUUUUCGGAUUUAAAUAAUCUUAAAGUUAGGGAAAAUAUGUUUCCUUCUAUUUUAUUGUCUAGUGUUAUCAUGGGAAGUAUUGCUGUUCCUUUAUUGUCUAAAGCAGUUGGCCCAAUUGCUAUUGCUCAAGGUAGACAGUAUCGUUCUCAGUCUAAAGAACCAGAUAAAAAAAUAUUUCAACAUAUUUUGUUUUCUGAUUUUUUUCAAACCUCAGAAGAGAAAGUUCAGGAGAUCUUGCCAAAUGAUAUGCUUUCUCUUCAAUUAGAUCAAAAAUCAUUUGAUGGUAAACCUAAUUUAUCUGAGAUUUCACAGUUCUCGAGUAUAUCAUCGAGAGAAACUUUAUUACUCUCAUCGUAUAAUGAUCAAUAUUCGUCAAAGGAUGAUGCUAGUGGUUCUCCUGAAUUGUUUUCUAAUUUCGACUCAUGUUUUAUGGAAGAUUUAUCUUCCAAAAAGUCGUUAUAUGAUUCUUAUACAGAAAACUAUACGUUAUUGUCUGGCUUGUCUCUAAAGAAGCAAAGUUUUUUACUUCAGUCUGAAUAUUUUAGACAUGAAACAGCAUUUUUUCAAGCGUUACAAGAUAUUUCUGAUCGUUUAGUAAUUGUUCCUGAGAUGGCUCGUUUAAGUGCAUUACGUGCUGAGCUGACACUUUUAAAUAGCCAUUUACCUGCAGAUGUGUGUAUACCAUCUCUUUGUAGUGCAACUGUAGAUUAUCCUGUUCAUCAUCGAAUUGUUAGAAUUAAUCCAGCUGAAGCAAUAGUUUUAAACAGUGCAAAAAGGGCACCUUAUUUGCUUACAAUAGAAAUUUUGGAGAAUGAUCUGUGUUUUGAUCCUGAAAAAAUGAAAAAUAAAGAAAAAAUUUCGAGGAUAUUGUUUAAUACAGAAAAAAAGAAGCGAUUUUUUGAUAUUUUUAAUAAUUCUCUUUCAUCAUAUGAUUUUGAUUCUGAAUUACUUAAAGCUAAUAACAGUGAGAAAACGAAUGUAAUAGAAUCUGAUCUUGGAGAUAUUGGAGUAUUGUCUAUUUAUGAUUGCUCUGGCGACAUACCAUAUGAAAGAUUACAAAUUAAUGGUUUCCGGGAUAGCACAUUGCCAGAAUUUCCUAGUUUUGGAUAUAUAGAUGAUAAUUUAAGUUUUCGUUCUGAAAUUUUACAAAAACAAGCAGAAGCAAAUCUUUUUUUAAAAGAAAACUAUUCUUUAGAUUCAUCCUGUAGUGAAAAUUCAAUGAUAGUUACAUAUAUGCGAGCAGCAGCGAUAAUGUUGGCCCGACUGGAUUCUGAUAGUAAUAAAUUGUCUAAAGCUGAAACAGCAGCUAUCAAGAAUAAGAUAAUUGAAGAAAUGCAGCAUCUUGAAGAGAAACGUAUAAGUAUGGAUAGUUAUGAGAGUUUUGUUGAUAGUCGUAUAAAUAAUAUAAAAUAUAGUGAAAUCAAAGAGAAAAAUAAGAAUUCUAUAGCAAAAUUAUUUGAAGAAGAUUGGGUUAUGAAAGUCGAACGUAUACGGAAAUCCUCGCCAUAUAGUCAUUUUCCUAAUUGGAAUUUAAUUAGUGUAAUUGUAAAAACUGGUUCAGAUUUGAGACAGGAAGCUUUUGCUUGUCAACUUAUAUAUGCAUGUGAAAAAAUUUGGAAUGAAUAUAAUGUCCCUGUAUGGGUUAAGCGGUUAAUGAGAAUACUUAUUACUGGAAAUGACUCUGGUUUAAUAGAAACUAUAAUUAAUUCUACAAGUAUUCAUACUAUAAAAAAAAAUCUAGUAGAGCAAUCUUUAUCUGAAAAUUCAAAAGGCAAAAUGUUAACAUUGAAAGAUUAUUUUUUAAAGGUAUAUGGUGAUGUUCAUUCUCCAGAAUAUAAAGCUGCACAAGAUUGUUUCAUGCGUUCUUUAGCAGCAUAUAGUUUAAUAUGUUAUAUUUUUCAGCUUAAAGAUAGACAUAAUGGAAACAUUCUUCUGGACACAGAAGGCCAUUUGAUUCAUAUUGAUUUUGGGUUUAUGUUUACAAAUACACCUGGAAAUGUUGGUUUCGAAAAUGCUCCUUUUAAGCUCACGACUGAUUAUGUAAAUAUUUUGGGUGAUAAGUUUAAUGAAUGGAAAGAUUUAAUGAAACAAGCUUUUAAAGCUUUACGGAAAAAAACAGAAGAUCUCGUAUUACUUGUUAGGGUGAUGCAAAAUGAAUCUAAACUACCUUGUUUUGGCUCUGGUGCAUUAACAUCUAUACAAUUUGAGCAGCGGUUCCAGCUUCAUCUUUCCGAAGCUGAAAUAGAUGAAUUCGUUGAGUCAUUGAUCACAAAAGCACACUCUUCUGUCUGGACAGUAAGUCCCAUUUUAAUAUUAUCUUCUCAUGUUCUCAUUUUUAGCGAUUAUACGAUCACUAUCAACAACUGUCUCAGGGAAUUUACUAGCCUAUUAAUGAUUUCUUGUUUUCCUGGUCUUUAA